AUGACGGACAGUAUCAAGAUAUCGGGUUUGCCACAUCAUAGCUUACGUUUGAAGAUUGGUGCUCCGGUUAUGCUGCUUCGGAAUAUUGAUCCUAAAGGUGGGCUAUGUAAUGGAACCAAGCUUCAAAUUACACAGAAAGCAAAUCAUGCUUUGGAAGCAAAAGUAAUCACAGGAGAUAGAGCAGGUGAUAUUGUAUUGAUUCCUAAGAUUGAUCUAACACCUUUGGAUACAAAGUUACCUUUCAAAAUGCGUAGAAGACAGUUUCUACUAUCUGUUGCAUUUGCGAUGACUAUAAACAAAAGUCAAGGCCAAUCACUAGAGAAGGUGGGACUUUAUUUGCCAAACCCGGUGUUCUCUCAUGGUCAGCUCUAUGUUGCUUUAUCUAGGGUUACUUCUAAGAAAGGGUUGAAAAUUUUGAUCGUUAACAAGGAAGGAAAGAUCGAAAGACAAACUACUAAUGUGGUUUUCAAAGAGGUGUUUCAGAAUUUGGAUUAA